AAAGGCAAUAAAAUGUCCUCGGAUGACGACAAUAAUUCGCUAAAUUCAUCUGCAAAAUCGGACGCAAUUCUUAACGAACCAUUAAAUAGCGUAUCGACACCGACGCUGAAUUCAUCGGCGGCCAAUACAAAUGCGGGUAAUGGAUGUGCUGGUGGUGGAAGUGGAAGUUCCUCUCAAUUGGUGAGACGUAAAAAAGUCAUGCCGCUGGAGCAUGGUUGCGAGGACAAUUGGACGUGGAGUAAACGGCAUCGCUCGAAAGAAAUAGUGUUGAGUGGUCCCAAUAAUCGCACAGUGCAUUUUCAUCCAAAUUGGAGUAAAGGAACGGCGGGUGUACAGGGCAAGCGCCCGCUGAAUAAUGGCCGCUUCUAUUGGGAAUUGCAUGUGUCGCAGCGUGUCUUCGGCACCAGUAUUAUGUUUGGUAUCGGCACAAAGCAAGCACGACUACACGCCAACUCCUUUCGGAAUAUGCUUGGUGAGAAUGAACAUGGCUGGGGUCUAUCGCACAAGGGUGUGCUUUGGCACAAAGGUGUAGCGCUGCUGUACACUAAACGUUUCAAAGAAAAUCACCCCACAGUUAUAGGCGUGCUCUUCGAUGGAAUCGAGGGUACGCUCAGCUACUACAAAGAUGGCAAAUGUUUGGGAGUAGCUUUUAGGGGUUUAGAUAAGAUCAAAGAACCGCUAUAUCCGAUUGUUUGCUCUACUGCUGCGAAAACUGAAAUGACACUAAAAUGUACACGGCGGGAUUUUGUAAAUCUGCAAGAUCGUUGUCGAGCCGAAAUUAUUAAGCACGUCAAGACGAGAGAGGAUUUGGUAAAAUUGAAAUUGCCGCCACUCAUUACGCAAUAUUUGAGCGAAGUGGUGAACGAUGUGGCGCCACUGCGUCAAGUGGACAACUAUGACAUUUUGUGCGAUUUUUAAAUUGUAACAACUAACAUUGCGUAAGUGGGACUUGGAGUAAUACAAAACGAACGGUGGUACUAACGUGUGUGUGUGUGUGUGUAUUUAUACAAAUUAAAUAUUGUAAAUAUUGUUUAUAUGUAUAUGCGUCCCUUUUUGCUGGAAUUUUUGAACUAAUUUGUAAAACUGCUUCAAAUCACUCUUAUCAGCAACAAAGUUAUGAGGACACGUUAUCGGCGGUAGUUCAGAACGCAAUUCGAUGUACCAUUUUUUCAUAAAUAAUAAAAUAAUCAUUAAUAUUAAUUAAUAAUAA